AUGAUUGAUCCCCUACGAGCCUCGACGGGCACAGUCCAGCUCGCCUCCUCCUACGAUCCCUACGAUCCUGCCGGCCGCCCGAUAUACACAAGCUAUCGCGCCGAAGCCCCUUUUUCGCCCACGUACGACCCUCGAUUUCCAGUCUCCCCGCGCUUAGAGGCCCACCCAAUCUCGAAGCAAACAUACCACGAUCAUGGACAGCCCACAAGGUUGAGAACAGAGUAUGCGAUUCGGCCUAGGCAAAGGAGCAGCACCGCAUCUGCUGCUGACUCCCAUGGCCGACUCGAGGUGCCUUCAAUCCCCCCAGUUUCCAGGACGUCACCUGUGAUUUUGUCGGGCCAUGGUCGAUCCCCGAGCCCUCUUAUGGACAAAGAUGGCUAUCUUAUUCCUGCGUCUUCCAAGCACCAUAGACAUCAUCGCCACACAUCUUCUUUCGAUUAUGCGAGCGAUACAGGGGGACAUUCGACUUCACGAAGACAUUAUGCAGCGUACCCCGCUAAUGGAAGUCGACGGCGAUACCCCCAGAAUGGAGGCCUCCGGAAGGGCGAGGAUAUUGACGAGUACGAUGCCUACUCAUACACAAAUCCCCGCGAACAAUUCGAGAAAGAAGCUGCAGCCAAGUUACAAUACCACCGUAGCGCGAGGAAAGAGAGGCCGUUGAGUCUGACAGGUAUCGAGGACCCCCGUUUGAUGGCACGAAAGGAUCCUCGAGAACAUGGGCCGCCUCCGUCACAUCGCGUCUUCGACAGAAUGAAUCGGAGUGACCUGCGUCGAUCGACAUACGGUCCUGGUAAUAGCGAACUGGAUCUUGCGGGUGUGCGACAGCGCUCGCCACGUACUAUUGCCCUCCAUCAUGACCACGACGAGGGUUAUUCUUCGUACAGAGAUGAUCAUGACGACCGCCGUCACAUCCGCCGUGAACAUAAACGUCCCGAUGGCGACUCGCGGAACCGAGAUACGCACGACAGCCAUGGACCAAGAAAGUCAUCGCACAAGCUCUCCGCACCAUCUGUGUCUAGCAAUGGUCUGGGAACAGCCGUUUUAGCUAGUGGAUACACGGAUGAGGUUGACUACGACCUCAACUCUCGACCUGAUCGCUAUCACCACCGAGACAGAGCGCCUCGGGAACGUAGCCGCUCAAGGAGACGCUCCAGGCGGCGCGGGGGAAGUGAGUCUGAUGAGUGUUCAUCGGAUGACGACCUGAAGAAGUAUCGACGCGAGCCAUCUGUGCGUCCAAGGGUCAACGGCUCUGAUAGUUCGAAGGAAAACGAGCCACAUCGCCACCGUUCGCGCUCUCGUCACCACGAUCGGGUGUCGGAAAAGAGAUCGGAUCAGAAGAAGGGUGAUUCAAAAGACCCCGACGCGCCACCUAAGGGGAUCCUGAAGCCACCACGCGACAAGUUCCCAGAGGAGCCGAACCCGGUACGAGAAGGCGUUGCACCCUUGAAAGAUGCCCACAAGAAAGGAAUCCCUCCUGGAGCCCGUUGGACCAAGAUUGACCGCCGUCUUGUAAACCCGGCCGCACUUGAAGCGGGCCAAGAACGAUUCGAAGAGCGACCGGACCAUGUCAUCGUCUUGCGGGUGUUGACCAAGGAGGAAAUCCAGACCUACGCUGUCAAGACGCAGGAAAUUCGAGAUGAGAGGUAUCGAGAGUAUAUUCGAGCCCGCCGCAAGCAACGUGAGGAGGACCGUCGGCGUGGUCGUCCUGUAGACGAUUUCUCGAGCGAUGACGAGGACGAAAGCGACAACCCGCCCCUUGCGAUCGAGGGGCCGGGCGAGCCAAGGUCUUCGCAGAAGAGUUCAGGCACGAAAGCCGAUCCUGCAGACCAGCGUGGCCAUUGA